AUGAAUACUUUGAAGGGCACUAAAGAUGGUGUGAGGAGACCAAAUGGAUCAAAGGUGGAUGAACAUGCACUGAGCGCUGUACGCUUAGAGUACACAUUCAAGGAUGCGGUUUUAAGGGGUAUGAGAAGGGUGUCGAUGCGUCAGUUCCAAGAGAUAUUGAGGAGUUUCACCGAUAAUGGAUUCCUGACUCGGUCAGAUGGCUCAAUGGACUGGUUAACGAUACUGGAGUUACAGAAGAACUGUCGAAGGUUCAUGUGCAUGGUAUUGAAUAGGGAUUUGGAGGAGUGA